AUGGCCGUCCAAGACGAUGUAAUUGCCCCCGCGCUGGAUCCGCAAGCCGAGGAGUCGUUCAAGGAGAAGACGCGCAAGAGAACUCUCGGCAAUCUGCGUCUCGUCCAUCCCGAGACGAAUGCCGUGAUUCUCGUUCCCACGCCAUCCUCCGACCCCAACGACCCGUUGAACUGGUCAACAUGGCGCAAGUACUACGUCGCCGGGGUUCUCUGCUUGGCAAUGGCCGUGUGCAACUUCCUCGCCGCCGGGCCAGCCAUUGCGGUGCCAGCGACGGCUGCGGACUUCUUCCCGGACUCCCUGACUGACGGCACAUUCUACACCGAGGCCAUUCCAAAGACGGCGUACUUCUUCACCACUACGUCUCUGCUCAUGGGGGUCGGCAACAUCGUCUGGGUGCCCGCGGCCAACAAAUGGGGCCGGCGGCCGGUGUACAUCUUAAGCUUCGCCAUUUACUUUGCCACGGCGGUAUGGCUCAUCUUCGAGAAGUCGUACGCCAGGUAUCUCGCAGGCAGGAUCCUCAUGGGCUUCGGGUCUGGCGCGGCAGAGACGCUUGCGCCCAUCACCAUUGCCGACGUCUUCUUUCUGCACGAAAGAGGCAGAAUCAUGUCUGCGUACACCUGCUUUCUGUCCGUCGGCGCCUCGGGAGGGUUGGUCAUCUCGGGCCUCAUUACCAUUAACAAUAGCUGGCGGACCAUCUACCAGGCCGGCACUGCUCUGGUCGGUUUUGUCCUUCUUGCACUGCUCUUUACCGUGCCUGAGACCAGCUACUCCCGGACAGAUGAGGAUGCUUCGCUCGCCUUGGACGUGACCAAUGACGCGGCUACAAUUAGCACGGCUCAAGAGGGGCAGACUUCCCUGAAGAAGUUGAGCUAUGUCGAGUCGCUGUUGGUAUUCAAGGUUGCGGGCACAAGCGAGAACCUCUUCAAGAUGAUGAUUCGCCCCUUUGGCCUCAUCAUCCUCCCGCCGGUGCUCUGGUCUGCCCUCGCAUUAUCAGUCACAAUUGGGUUUCUAGUGGCCGUCUCGUCCAACUCGGCCUCGGCCUUCAACGUAACGUAUGGGUUUGCAUCCUGGCAGGUUGGGCUCUGCUACAUUGCCGGCGUCAUUGGCUCUAUCCUAGGACUGCCGGCAGGGGGUUAUCUGGGAGACAAAGUGGCAGACAUCCUGACAAAGCGAAACGAUGGUAUCCGCGAACCCGAGAUGCGGCUUCCGGCCGUCAUGAUCUCUGUCAUCACGACUCCCCUGGCUCUGCUCCUCUAUGGCGCCGGCGUCCAGUACAAGCUCCAUUGGAUAUGUCCCACCAUAGGAAUCGGUCUCCUCAAUUUCUCCAUCACGCAGGCCAACACAAUCUGCGUCGUGUACGUCAUUGAUUCAUACCGGCCCGUUGCGGGCGAGAUAACGCUGGCAGUCACCGGCUUCAAAGCUCUAUUCGCCUUCUUCCUCUCCUUCGAGACAAACCCAUGGAUCAACACCGCCGGCUAUGUAGACGCCUUUGGAGCCAUGGCGGGAAUUGCGGGGGCCAUCCUCAUCAUGUGGAUCCCGCUGUAUUUCUGGGGAAAGCAAAUCAGGCAUAAUUCGUGGAAUUGGCGAGUCGUCUCCUUUGUCCACUGGGACAAUGAUCGCGAGGUGGGCGAAUAA